AUGCUCAUGCAAAAGGAGCAAAAGUUGAAGAGCUUGAAAGGCGAAUUAGAAGCUCCGGAGGAGAAGGAGGAGGAGAAUGCGGGCAAGGCGUGGGUUGCUAAGCGGGAACGGUGGCCAAGGGGUCAAACGAGCGGGGCGUCACCGGAGGGGGAAGGAGGGACGCCCCGGACACAAGAACUUGCUACGCUUGCGGCGAGAAGGGUCACUUCUGGGCCUAUUGCCGAAAGCGGAACGCGGAGUGCUUCAAUUGUGGUGAGACGUGGCACAUUAGCUUGGUGUGUAGGAAGCCCCCUAGGUAGUGCAAGGAGCGGCGAUGAGGACCGGCCGGAUCAAAAGGAGUUUGCCGGUGUGGCGUUUACGGCGUGGCGCAAAGAGGCGCGGGCGCCGGCAGCAACGGACGCGGCAGCAAGGGUCUCCUUUGAGAGCCGGGUAGCCCGCCGUCGAGAUGGGAGGUGUGGUGAGAAUAGAGGGUACAACACAACGGGGUUGUGGGAUAUUGCAACGGUGAAGAAGGCGAGAGCAUUCUUGGCGGUCAAGGGGCCGGCCGAGACGGAGGGUCGACUCGGAAAGGCGGCAAGGAAGCGCAAGUGGUAA